AUAUAUCUAUGGUUUGUAAGUAUGCAAUGAUUUAUACAUCAAAUUAAAUAAACAGCUAUAAUAGCUCGAAUUUUGAAUUGAAAAGUAAAGAGUCAUGAUGUUACCACGUUCUACAAGUGCACUAAGACAAAUACCAGCAUGGUUGAGAGACUAUUCUACAACUAUAACAAAACCAAAAACUGGAAUUGUUUUAGUUAAUAUGGGUGGUCCAGAAAACACAGACCAAGUACACGAUUAUUUGAAACGAAUAAUGACUGAUACAGAUAUGAUACAGCUACCCAUAGCUCAAAAUAAGUUAGGACCUUGGAUAGCUAAACGGAGAACUCCAGAAGUACAGAAAAAGUAUAAAGAAAUAGGAGGUGGCUCGCCGAUUUUGAAGUGGACAAAAUUGCAGGGUAAACUUUUAUGUGAUAAGUUAGAUGAAUGUUGUCCCGAAUCUGCCCCUCAUAAACCUUAUGUUGCCUUCAGAUAUGUACCACCAUUUUCAGAAGACGCUUUUACAGAAAUAGAAAGAGAUGGAGUUGAACAUACUGUAAUAUUUUCUCAGUAUCCACAAUACAGUUGUGCAACAACAGGUUCUAGUUUUAAUGAAAUUUACCGAUAUUUGAAGAAAAAAGGCAUUUCUAAUGGUAUGAAAUUGUCUAUUAUCGAUAGAUGGCCAAUUAAUUCAUUAUUGGCCAAGUGCUUUGCUGAAAAUAUUAAAAAAGAACUUAAUAAAAUUCCAGAAAGUAAGAGAAAACAAGCCAUUAUUUUAUUUUCUGCACACUCAUUGCCUCUGAAAGCUGUAAAUCGAGGAGAUCCUUAUCCAUCAGAAGUUGGAGCCACUGUUCAUCAAGUAAUGAAAGAAUUAGACUUGCCCCAACCAUAUCAACUAGUAUGGCAAUCAAAAGUGGGUCCUUUGAAGUGGCUAGGACCAAUGACUGAUGAGGCGAUUGGAGAUUAUGUCAAACAAGGAAGAAAAACUUUUAUCGUAGUUCCUAUUGCAUUCGUUAAUGAACACAUUGAAACUCUCCAUGAGUUAGAUAUUGAGUAUUGUCAAGAUUUAGCAAAAAAGAUUGGAGUCGAGAUAAUACAUAGAGUACCAGCACCUAAUGACCAUCCUCUAUUCAUAGAAGCUCUUUAUGACAUUGUUAAGAAACAUUUGAAGGAAAAGAUUCCAGUGUCGAGUAAAUUCUUGAAUAGAUGCCCACAUUGUGUAAAUCCAAAUUGUGCUAUUAGCAAAAAGUGGUAUUCUGAAGUAUGUUCAUUUUGAAUUUAUUUUUGUUACAUGUUUUUUUAGAUCAAAUUGUGUCCCAUUGUUGUUACGUAUACUAAAUAAAGUUCGAUAUUUAUUAUAU